AUGUACACUCCACUCGACCCCACCGAGCACGAGAUCCGCCUGGCUUCCAUACUCCCUGGGCGAUGGUCCGAUGAGGUCUCCUGCAAGCUCGAGUCCGUGUCCCUUGAUGACAAACCUAUUUACGAGGCAUUAUCAUACACCUGGGGAGAUCCGUCAGACAAGGUUGCUAUCACCUUAGAAGGCGUGGAUUUCAGUGUCACCAAGAACCUGCACAUGGCACUUCGGCGGCUUCGACAUGCUGAAAGCACACGGCGCAUCUGGGUAGACGCUUUCUGCAUUAAUCAGUCGGAUAGUAAAGUUAUCCUUACUGACAGCAAUGUACCGGUCACUAUAACCCGAAAAGUCAGCACAAAUCCAGUUGAUGAAGGAAAUAUAUUCAGGCGCCUGCGAGGUCCAAUUUAUCUUGGCGAGAGUCGCAUAUUGGAAACCAUUCCUGAAGAAGAGCAGGACACUUGGGCCGACCCUCCACGAUCAUACUGGCUUGGAGACAACGGAGACGUGCCUAUUCUCAACGAUCAUGGUACUUGGCAGACCUUGACGGACGACCAGCUCUCACAGCUCAGCCAGACCACCCGUCUAAGACAGGCUAUCUCAAGCGCGUACACUAUCCUCGAAUUGCUUGCUGCAGGACGAUGUGUCAGGAACUUUGUUCUACAUAACGCCAAUCCUCAGGUCUGGGCAGAGGCCCUUUCAGUACUCCAUCACGUCGCAAGCAGUCCAUGGUGGACGCGGGUCUGGGUUGUCGAGGAAGUCAUCCUACCUGAAAAAGCAACCACAAUCUAUGGCGAGGUAGUGGCGCCAUUGGACAUCAUCGAAAGAGGCGGUUCGAUGAUCAACCCACACAUUGAGAGAUGCUGCCGAGAAUUCUAUCGGAGUUUGCCAGAGGAUCAUCAGGCGCAUUUACUGGCCAUUGCACAGCAUACUGCAGCUCUAGAAGUACUUCGGCACGAACGGUUCAUUUAUGCAGAUAGCGAGGCCAAUCGACUCCAGAUAUUUCUGGAGAUGACCCGUGCAAGGGGGGCAUAUAACGCUCGGGACAAGAUAUACUCCCUUCUGGGCCUGACGAGGGAUUGUUCCAAUCGACUUGCCAUCUUGCCUGAUUACUCACUGGAUGUAUGGCAGGUGUAUGUUGAUACGGCGUUUAAAGUUAUACGCAAUCAAAACUCCCGGGAGAUCUUAUUGACGGCUGAGAAGAAAGACACGGAGUCGGAAAUUCCCACAUGGUGUCCUGACUGGAGUAAGAAUGAGGAUGGCGAGGAGAAUGAUCUUUGGGUGCAUUCCCGCUCUUGGAAGUUCGAUGCUGGUCCGGCAAAUGGGAUCGUGGCUGACCUUUAUCAUGAUCGAGUGUUGGCUGUACGCGGUGUUUAUGUCGACGUCAUUGCUGAGACGACCUUGCCUCUCUCGCAGGACGAGCAACUUGCAGCACGCCUGGACAGGUUUGCUCGGAUAGUUGGUUACGACCCCGAGGCUGAUGUGCACUACGUUGGAGGGGGCAUCGUGAGAGAAGCGUUCUGGCGCACAAUGCUGAAUAAUGCUCUAGAGACUGAGCCAAACAAACAUAGGACGCUCACAGCACAAGAUGGAACUGUUUUCGUUUGGUGGUGGAAUAAUUUGAGGAACAGAAUGACGGGUACCGGACAAAUCUAUCAUCCCUUGCAAGCACACUCGAGAAUUAUUGCCCGAUCAUUUUGGCUCCCGAAUGACAACAGAGCGUUAUUUACCACGAAACGAGGGUAUAUGGGAUUUGGGUCACCGGACAUGAAGCAGGGUGACACGGUGGCUGUCAUUCUGGGAAGCAGAAUGCCUUUUAUUCUUCGACAGAUGCCAAUUCCAGCCACUAUAGGUGAGAGUCAGCAGGUCAAAGAUAAGGAGUACCUUUCUGUGGUUGGAUAUUGCUAUCUGCACGGAGUGAUGCAAGGGAAGGCUGUUGGUGAGGAUGCAAAGGUUUUUGGGAUUAAUCUGAUUUAG